AUGAAAUUGUUACAAAAUAAUUCUGUAACUAGUAGUAAAAAACAAAAUAAUUCUACAAAUAAGCCUCCAACGUUAUUGUUACAUGUUUCUGUACUCAGGACAAAAAAUAUCGAAGUAUUCCAAACUUUCAGAGAUUGUUGUCCAGUAUGUUAUAUCUCAACAAAUAAAUAUGUGAUUAAAAAGACAAACGUGUUACAAAAUUCUAACUCCAAUUGGAAUCAAUUGAUUAAAUUACAUCUACCUAAAUAUCCAAAUGACGACAAGUUAAGGAUCGUUAUAUACGAUUUAUUACCAGGUGCUUAUAAAGAAUAUAGUGAUAGAGUUGAUAAUAAUAAUAAUAAUAAUAAUAAUAAUACUAUUAUUAUUCAUGAAAAGCAAAAAUAUUUAAAAUAUAAAAGAGAUCUUUCCCCGACUAGAUCGAUGGCAUCCCCCUCAUCAUCUUCUUCUGUAUGUCUGUUGUCCUCUUCACAAUCCAGUUCAUCGGUGGAUACCCAUAUUCAUAAUAAAAAGUGUAAUAAUAUUAACAGUAGAAGCAGGAGUAGAAGCAGGAGUAAUAGUAAUAACAAUCUUUCAUCUACAUUGACUGUCCACGGCUCAAUCUUUGCGAAUGAUAAUUAUAAUAUUACUACUAAUACAUCUACUAAUAAUCGGCACAUAUAUAUAGGUGAAACACAAAUUUCAAUCAACGAAAUAUUUAGGGAUUCCUCAAUCAAUAAUCAGUUCAAUUUUAAUCAGUUAAAUCAACCUAAAUGGUAUAUAUUAUACGAUAAAAAGCGAGAGAAAGUAUAUAAAGAUUCCAAAUCAAUGAAAAAAGCUUUUCCUGUAGGUGAAAUUCAACUUGGUUUCUUACUUACAUGUAGUCAGAAAAGAAAUUUUACUACUUUAAAAGCUUUUAUCUUAUGGGAACAAAGAUUAAAUAAUUAUAGAAAUAAGAAAUUGUCAUUCAAAUACCAAAAUUCUAAUAAUAAUAAUUAUAAUGAUGAUAAUGAUAGUUCAGAUCAAUUGACCUCUUCGGAUAUCUCUUCUAUUAAUUCUGUGGACUCUACUUCUUCGUCCUUAUCUUCCUUUAUUUCCCUGGGCUCUACUGCUUCCUCAUUAUGUGUAUCUCAUCCCCUCACUCCUUCCUCUGCUUCUUCUUCCUCUUCUUUUAUCGAAAUAGAUUCUGCUAUCUCAAAUAAUGGAUCUACUAAUAAAAUCGAAGAUAACUCUGAAGGUGGAGAGGAAGAAGAAGAAGAAGAAGAAGAAGUUCAAGAUUCUCUCCAUAUUUUAGAUUUACAAUCUUUAGCCACUGCUUUAGAUGAAUAUGAUGUAGUGGAUCCAACAAAUAUAUCUAAGCAACCAUUCCUUACUCACAUCAAGAAUGCUAAUUCAGACUAUGCAACUGAUUCAGAUAUAUCUAGUAACUCAGACACUGAAUCUAUCCUAAGUAAUGUUUUAAUAUACGAAAAAAAUAAUCAAAAUAAAUUAUUGAGUUUGAAAAAAAGAUCCAGAUAUAAAUAUAAUCAUAAUAAGGAUCAUUUCAAAAACUAUAGUAAAAAUAAUCAUUUUAAAAUCUUUAAAAGAAAACAUUCUUUGGGUGUAAUAUACAUGGAAAUUGUCAAUAUAAUAGACCUGCCCGUAUUGAAGAAUAAAUUAUCAAGGAAAAACUAUGAUAUGGAUCCAUUUGUUAUUAUUACUUUUGGUAGACGUGUAUUUAAGACAUCAUCUAAGUAUAACACUUUAAAUCCAUAUUUUAAUGAAUUUAUAGCAUUCGAAAUAUUUCCUAGUGAAACUCGAUUUAAUUUCCAUUUUAAAGUGAUGGAUAGAGAUUCAAUCUCGUUUCAUGACGAGAUUGCUGAAUAUAAUCUAUCAUGGAUCGAUAUUUUAUCCAACUUGAAUAAUCAAAAUAAAAACGGCAAUAAUUUUGAUGAAAAAAAAGGAUGGAUUGAAUUAAAUUUACCUUUAAAUUUUUUAUAUCAUCAAAAUGUAAAAUCCAAUCCAAUACUGACCAUUAAGAUUAAAUAUUCAUCGUAUUUGAUGUUGAAAAGAGAGUUUUGGGAAUAUUCAGUCUAUAAUGACAUUUUGAAAAAUCAACUUGAUGUUGUUGAAUUAAUGUUAUAUUUAGAUAGAAUCGGUUCCUUUACUGAUAAUGAUGCUAUUACAUUUUUUCAUCAUGUUAAUAAGUCAGCAUGGGCAGGUGAUCAGUUAACAAGGGAAGAAUUGAUUCAGGGAUUGGUUACUUGGAAGAAAAUGUCUGAAUUUAGAUCUGUUUGGGAAUGCCCUAAUUGUCUUAAGAUUAAAAAGAGUCAUAAUAAUAAUAAGAUUGAUCGAAAAUUGAAAAUUUCAUCAGAAAAUGAUAUAUUUAUUCACUUUGCUCUUUGUUUAUUUGAAGGUCAGAAAAAAUUGUUAAAACCUACAUAUAUAUCGUCUGCUUUUGCAUCAAAACGUUGGUUUAGUAAAAUUUUAAUAAAAUUAUCAUAUGGUAAAUAUGCUUUAGGUUCCAAUAAUGCAAACAUUUUAGUACAGGACAGAGAUACUGGGAUCAUUGUUGAAGAAAAAAUUAGUGCCCAUGUUAAAGUGGGAUUAAGAAUCAUUUAUAAUGGUAAAGGUAAAGAAUCCAAGAACUUUAAAUAUCUUCUAAAAACACUAUCAGUAAGGCAAGGUAGGAAGUUUGAUAAUCCGGCAUCUGUAAAACAAAUUGAUUCCUUUAUUAAAUUCCAUCAUUUGGACAUGUCACAAUGUCUUGAUACGAAAUAUAGUACAUUCAAUGAAUUUUUUUACAGGAAACUAAAACCUGGAAGUAGAGUCAUUGAAAGUCAUUCUCCUCAAUAUAUAACUUCACCUGCAGAUUCGAGGCUUACAGUGUUCUCAUCUAUCGAAAGUGCCAAAGAGAUUUGGAUUAAAUCAUCAAGUUUUACUCUAAAAAGGUUGACAAAUAACUAUAAUAACAGUAGAUAUAAUGAUUCUAACACUAGCUUGGCGAUUUUUCGGUUGGCACCGCAAGAUUACCAUAGAUUUCAUGCUCCUUGUGAUGUUACCAUCGGGAAACCAAUUCACAUAAGUGGAGAAUACUAUACAGUUAAUCCAAUAGCUAUACGUAGUGCGUUAGAUGUAUUUGGUGAAAAUGUGAGAACCAUUAUUCCAAUGGUAUCAGAAGUGUUUGGUGAAUUUCUCAUGAUAGCAGUAGGCGCCAUGAUGGUUGGGUCUAUUGUAUUGACAUGUAAAGAAGGCGACUUUAUUUUGAAAGGAGAAGAACUUGGGUAUUUCAAAUUUGGUGGAUCUACGAUAAUUCUGUUAAUACCUAAAAAUAAUAUAAGAUUCGAUUCUGAUUUAAUCGUUAAUAGUACAGAACAGAUUGAGACUUUAGUCAAAGUAGGAAUGUCAGUCGGUCAUGUACCAGGCGUCAAAGAUAUUAAACGUAAAAGAAAAGAAGUUACCGAUUCUUUAGAAUUAGACAAAAUAAAAAGCUCUAUAACGAUUACAGAAGAGGAUGUGCAUAGAUUGGAUGGUACCACAUGGCAAUAUAAUACUCUGACUGGGUUGAUUAAAAAUGAUUAUGGGAAUAAUAAUAUUGUAACAAUUAAAGAGAAUGAAACACAAGAUACUAUGCAAUCGUCAACAUCGAUACAAUGUACACCUACCAUUAAUGUUACAAAUGAUUAG